GGUGCUGGUGCCGACGGCGCCACACACCAACGACGUGCCACACACACACACAUCACCUGACCACGGACCUGCCCUUCUCGCCGGCCAUCUGUUGCUCUGCCUCCUCAGCUCUGCUCCAUCUGUCCGCCUGCGAUCUGCUUCGAAUCCACAUGUCGCGACGACAACGAAAGGGACAGAUCGAGGAGGAGGAUGCCUCCUUCCUGAAGCUCGGGGAAGAGUUCAACUCGGCGCCGUGCGUGCUGAUCUCGGAAGUCCGUGUCUUGCUUGAGGGCGCAAAGCAAAAGAAGCUCGAGAACUUUGGAACCGAAAGCGCGGCAGUCUCAGACAUAAUGCAAAAGACGCUGGACUACUGUAGUCGCUUCAGCAAGUUCACGAGCAAGCAGACGGUGAAGGAGAUCCGAGGAUUGAUUCCGAUUCCGCCAUACCAUGAGUUUGAGGCGGCGCAGCUGGCCAAUCUGUGCUGCGAGACCGUCGAGGAGGCCAAGGCCCUGAUUCCAACCCUGUCCCAGCACGACGACGACGAGGUGCAGCGAAUACUGGAGGAGAUGCACAACCUCAAAAAGUUCCAAAUCGCCGACUGAGCGCGCCAGACGUGCGAGUGGCACCCAAGUGAAGCGGGGCAUUGUCUUUUGAGCCAUGAUUGUCCCUGUUCUCAAGAUGCCAAUACACACCCAUUCCACCAUG